UCGUAGGAGCGCUCUGAUUGGAGGACCUCGCAGCAGACCUGCCUAUUUCUCCGCCCAACCGGUUUGUGAUUGGACAGCUGAGUCUCUGCUCAUGUCUCUCCAUGUUGAGAACUCAUCGGACGGCACCGCGAUGUCCGCUGGGAAGUGUGAAUUGCACUGAACGUUAACCUAUACUUUCUCUAAAGCACUACAAUUCCCAUUAAAAGAGCAGAAGGGCCAGAGCUUUCAGAGCACCUGAAAAGAAAUUCAUAUGUUCCAGCGGACGAUUUAACUCAGUGUCUGUCACAAAUAUGACGGAGGGGACGCAGCUGCGGAGGCGCGGGGGGCCUUACAAGACGGAGCCAGCCACAGACCUGAGCCGCUGGAGGCUGACUAAUGUGGAGGGCAGGCAGACCUGGUGCUAUGUGGAGGAUCAGGACACCCCAGACAGAAAGCAGACAAUGCUGGAAGCCCAUUCUCUAGGCUUGGACACGAGUACGUUUGUGUCUGGCUCCCCAGCUGCCCACACAGCUGUAGAUGCAGCUCUGAAGGGUAUGCUCUUCUACAGCCACCUCCAGGCCGAGGACGGUCACUGGGCAGGGGACUACGGCGGACCUCUCUUCCUGCUCCCAGGUCUCCUCAUCACGUGCCAUGUGGCUAAGAUCCCUCUGGCUGAAGCCUGGAAGAAAGAGAUGGUGAGGUAUCUGCGCUCUGUGCAGCUGCCAGAUGGAGGCUGGGGUCUACAUAUUGAAGAUAAGUCUACCGUCUUUGGCACAGCGCUGAGUUACAUCUCAUUAAGGAUCCUGGGAGUAGAGCCCGAUGAUCCAGAUAUGGUUCGAGCCAGGAACAACCUGCACAGCAAAGGUGGCGCUGUGGGGAUUCCCUCAUGGGGUAAAUUCUGGUUGGCCAUUUUAAAUGUUUACAGUUGGGAGGGAAUGAACACACUGCUACCAGAGAUGUGGUUGUUCCCCACUUGGAUGCCAGCACACCCCUCUACCCUGUGGUGUCACUGUCGCCAGGUCUACCUCCCCAUGAGCUACUGUUACGCUGUCAGACUGUCUGCAGACGAAGACUCCCUGGUCCUCAGCCUCAGACAGGAGCUUUAUGUCCAGGACUAUGCAACCAUUAACUGGCCUGCUCAGAGGAACAAUGUGGCAGCAUGUGACAUGUACACACCUCACAGCACACUGCUCACCGUCGCCUACAUGGUGUUGAAUGUGUACGAAGCCCACCACAGCACCACGCUGAGAGGAAAGGCCGUCAAAGAACUGUAUGAACACAUCCAGGCUGACGACAGCUUCACUAAAUGUAUCAGCAUUGGACCGAUCUCCAAGACGAUCAACAUGCUGGUUCGCUGGUAUGUGGAUGGUCCCUCCUCUCCCGUCUUUCAGGAGCAUGUGUCCAGGAUCCCAGACUACCUCUGGUUGGGAUUAGACGGCAUGAAAAUGCAGGGGACCAAUGGAUCUCAACUCUGGGAUACUUGUUUUGCUGUACAGGCUUUCCUUGAGGCAGGAGCCCAAGAUAAUUCCAGACUAGCCGAGUGCCUCCGAGAUGCCCAUCAGUUUCUCACCAUCACACAGAUACCUGAGAAUCCUCCUAAGUAUCAGAAGUACUACAGACAGAUGAACAAGGGAGGUUUCCCCUUCAGUACCCGCGACUGUGGUUGGAUUGUGGCAGACUGCACGGCGGAGGGCCUGAAGUCAGUGAUGCUGCUGCAGGAGCUGUGUCCCUCCAUCGGCCAGCUGGUCCCCUCAGAGCGCCUGUAUGAUGCUGUCAAUGUGCUGCUGAGCAUGAAGAACUCUGAUGGAGGAUUUGCCACAUAUGAAACUAAGAGAGGAGGGAGACUCCUGGAGCUACUCAACCCCUCUGAGGUGUUCGGGGACAUCAUUAUAGAUUAUACCUAUGUGGAGUGUACUUCAGCAGUAAUGCAGGCUCUGAGGCACUUCCAGAAGGCCUAUCCUGACCACCGUGCUCAGGAGAUAAGGUCCACUCUAAGAGAAGGACUGGAGUACUGCAGGAAGGUGCAGAGGCCUGACGGAUCGUGGGAAGGGUCCUGGGGAGUGUGCUUCACAUAUGGAAUAUGGUUUGGCCUUGAAGCCUUUGCUUGUAUGGGUCACAUCUACCAGGAGGAGGAUGUGUGCGUGGAGGUGCACAAAGCUUGUCAGUUCCUGCUGGACCGGCAGAUGUCUGACGGAGGCUGGGGGGAGGACUUUGAGUCGUGCGAGCAGCGGCGCUACGUCCAGAGCAGCAGCGCUCAGAUCCACAACACCUGCUGGGCUUUGUUAGGCCUCAUGGCUGUCAGGCAUCCUGACAGGCGGGCCAUUGAGAGAGGGGUGAAGCUGCUGAUUGACAACCAGCUGCCCAAUGGAGACUGGCCACAGGAGAAUAUUGCAGGUGUGUUUAACAAGAGCUGUGCCAUCAGCUACACCUCCUACAGAAAUGUCUUCACAGUCUGGACCCUCGGUCGCUUCUCAACGCUUUACCCCAGCAGUCCGUUGGCUGGGAAGGUCCAGCUGUGAAGACUUUUUAAAAAGGUGCAUCAGACUUUGUGCCAGGAUAACAAAACUGAAUGUCAACAACAGCCACCAAGUUCAGACAAUCAA